GAGAAAAUGGCAAAGGCUUAUGAUUUUGCUCUCGACAAAGUUGGGCUCGAUAUGAACUCUUAUUCGAUCUACGCAGACUAUAUUUCGUUUUUGAAAACAGUGUACGUUACGUUGUUUCCAUUACCCGUUUCAUCUGCAUAUGGUCGAAAUUUUCCAGCGAUCGGACAGUAUGCGGAAAACCAGCGUAUCUCCGCAGUUCGUAAAAUCUAUCAGAGAGGGAUUUCUACACCUAUGGUCAACAUAGAGUCAUUAUGGUCGGAUUAUUGUAAUUAUGAGAAGAAUAUCAACCCCACUCUUGCUGAGAAACUCAUAUCAGAGAGAAAUAAAGAAUAUCAAGUUUCUAAAAAAAUAGCUAAGCAAUUGGAAACUGUUACACGCGGUGUUAAUAGACAAGCAGUGUCAGUACCUCCUCGUGGUACAGCGCCGGAGAUGAAGCAGGUUGAAAUGUGGAAGAAAUAUAUCCAGUGGGAAAAAAGUAACCCGAUGGAAACCGAGGAAUAUGGACAGUUUGCGAAACGGGUUGUCUAUGCUUAUGAGCAAUCAUUGCUGUGUCUCGGAUAUUACCCCGAUAUGUGGUACGAAGCAGCACUUUUUCUUCAACAAGCUGGGAAGCAGCUCGAAGAGAAAGGAGACGUCAAGCUUGCCCAACAAAUGACGGCAGAAGCUAUGCAAUUGUUCGACAGAGCAAUUACGGGGCUUAUGAAGCACUCACAGUUGCUAUAUUUUGCUUAUGCUGAUUUCGAAGAGGAGAGGAUGAAGUUCGACAACGUAAAGAAGAUCUAUGACAACCUGCUGACAAUAGAUCACAUAGAUCCCACUCUGACUUAUAUCCAAUUGAUGAAAUUUACGCGUCGAACAGAAGGGGUAAGAGCGGCCAGAGCGGUAUUCAAAAGAGCUCGCGAAGAUAGCCGUUGUCGACAUCACGUCUUCAUAGCCGCAGCGCUGAUGGAGUUUUAUUGCAGCAAGGACAAAGAUGUCGCGAUGCGCGUUUUCGAUCUUGGCCUCAAGAAAUAUGGUGAUGAGCCUGAGUAUGCUUGUGCCUAUGUGGACUUCCUUACUCAUUUGAAUGAGGACAACAAUACGCGAGUUGUAUUUGAGCGCAUUCUUACUUCUGAAUCUUUGCCAGCAGAGAAGUCAUCUGACAUCUGGGAUCGAUACUUGGAGUUCGAAAGUUUAGUUGGCGAUCUGGCUAGUACGCUCAAAGUUGAUGAAAGGCGAAAAGCCGCCGUCACGGGAGGAAAUGAUGAAGGCACGACUUUGAUGCUGAUAGACAGGUAUCGCUUCCUCAACUUGGUUCCAUGUACUUUGGACCAACUGAAACUCAUGGGUUAUAAUGUGAGUUUCUCGUCACCUCGUACUCAAAUUGUUCUUCUUUGA